UCGUUUACGAUCCAUUUAGCAGGCGGCUCGCUUUUCCAUUUCUUCGUUCUUGAGACCUCGAAACCCUAGCUCCUGGUUUCUUCAAAAGCUUUUCCUCGGAAAUUCUACCGCGAUUUUUAAAUCAAGGAUUCUUCUAAACCUUUGUUCUGUUUUUCCGAAAUCAAGAUUUCCGAUUAGUAAUUUUUUUUUAAAAAAAAACAAGCUUUUCGUUUUAAAUCGAACUUCAAAUCGAUCCGAUCUGAGGAUGUCGAGGUGCUUUCCGUAUCCUCCACCCGGCUAUACGAUUACAAGAAGCAAUGAAGAAGCCGCCUUGAUCGAAUCGAUUAAGGUUUGUUGAAAGAGCACCUAGAUUUACAUGUAUUUAAUGCUCUUUGUAUCGGCUGCUUUGUUGAUGCUAAUCGCCUUGUGCGGGCUACUGGGAUUGGGAUUUGGUGGGAUUGGGAAUUCGGGGAGGGUGUUGUACUGACUCAUGUCCUGUGUGCGUAGGGUUUUGUGUACUUUGGGUUCCCGAUUUGCAUAAAUGUAUCCUGCAUAUACAGAUGCUUAGGUUUAGGCCUUAGGGUUGUUUGAAUUUGUGAUGGAAAGAAUUGAAAAUCAACUUCUUGAGUUUGCAUGGGCUUAGAAGUGGUUUCAUCUAUGACUUCCAGUGAAAUUCUUGUGUUUCAAUGCCAAUUCAUCUCAGCCAGGUUGUUUUUUUGUCAUGUGUCUUUGUUUUUAACUAAGACCAAAGCCCUAUCACUGGAAAGGGGUGGCUGUGAAACUUUUCUUUUUGCGGAUCAUCAUUCGUGGGAUAAACUUCAUUGCCUUGGUUUUACUAUGGACCCCUUUUCGACCAAGUUGUGUUUGGUAGGGCUUAUCCUUAAGUAUGGAGCAAAUGGGAAGGAACCAAAUGGGUUUUAAGCUUUAUUUUCCUCCAACACUUGAUUUUUUUCAUUUCAAUUAAGGAAUUAAUUUCUCAAAUUAAAUGAAUUUUUUGGUGUACAAAGAAGAAAUCCAUUCCAAUGAAUUUCUGAAGUGUUGUCUAAGCAAUAACCUCAAUUUUACAAAUGGGAUGUACCGACUUUUUUUGUGCAAAACUGUCACUUAUUCAUACUCAGUGACAUUUAAGAUCAACUAGUAAGUGUUUUGUGUUGGAAAUCUUAGGAUACAUUUUCUGUGCAUUACCAAUUUGUUUGUAAAAACUUCAUGUUUUUUUGGGAGUAUUCUUCUGUUGAAACCAUUGAAAAAAAAUCACCUGUACAUCCAUCUAUUUUCAUUGUCUGUAUCGAGCACACUUUUUUUUGUGGUCCUUACUCCAAGUCUCCAACCUAGUGUACCCCUUUCUUUGGCCUCAUAAGAUUUCAUCCUUUUCACUUGUUUCUAUGGUAUGACUGAGUUUGAUCGGCCAGGAGUGUAUAAGUGGAAAAAUAUUGUCAAUAUUUUUGAACACUGCAUGUUACUUGUGAUUGUGAAGAGUAAUGAGGAGGAGCAUUAAGCUUCGUAUAAACAUCCUGAAAAUGUUAUUGAGGAUCUUUAUCUAUAUCCUUGUCAUGCUGGAUUUGAUCCUCUUGCUCGAAAUUCUAAAUUUGUUGUCCUGGUUCCCUAAAGCUCCAAAAGGAGAGGGAG